AUGUCGUCACCGCUAGUGGCUCCGCUCGAUAGUCACUUCGAACACUCCGAAGAAAGCAAUUCAGAGAUGCCUAGUAAGGUGUCGAGCACGAACUUGGAUCAGGAGAGCCGUCAUGACCACGAGAACUCUGCCCGACCAAAUAGGGCCCAGAAUUCAUCCAAAACGCCACCUCCUACCAAACGGAACCACUCUAAGAGGAAUCUUCAUGCACGUUCACAGUCUCAUAACAAGAUUCCGGUUCGGCUUUCCACGUCGGCAAACCCAGUCAAGCCGUUGUUGAACAGAUCAAGGUCCACUGAUGGAAUAUCCCGAACAGGCCGGCCAGGGAUUAAGCGCAAUAACCGGUCAUAUACGAAAGUGAAUGGACUCCAGCCACUUACCAAAACUCUUCUGAACGGCUCGUUGAAUAGAGCAUUGGGCGCACUCCAACCUUUAACUAAGACAAUGUCGAAUAAUUCCUUGAAACAGUAUGGCUUGAAGAAGACUACGCUGAAUAGCUCCACCAAAGGUGCUCCCAAUUUGACCAAGACGAAUCUGGACCAGUCAAUUCGCUUCAAUAAGUCGUCUGGCUCACUUCGAGGCAUGAAUGGAGGUUCGUCAACUUCUAUCUUGAACACAGCUGUAGGAGGCAUCAAGAGCUCUGCAAAAAGAGGCCGAGCAAUCUUGAAAUUGAAUGAAGAUGCCGCAGAUAAUGACUAUGAAGAUUUGAGUGAAGAUUCAGAGGCUGAAAACGACAAAUUGGAGGCCAUCUCCAACUCUGAGCUCCAGCGACAGUUCCAGCCCUCAGAGGACCCGCAUGAGGCAGCAGAAGGUAAAGAAGCGGGCAGAGAGAGUUCUAGUGAAAGAAAUACUGAAGUUACUGAUAAAGGUGAUGUUCUUGUGAGUAAAUUAAGCAAGAUCAAACAGCUGGAUGACAUAGGACUCAAACCAGCAAGCAGCAAGACAAGCUUCAUCAGUAACAAUAGCUCUACAGAUGAUCUCAUCUCGAAAAACUUAUAUGGUGGAUCGAUGCUUUUGUCUCAGUCUACGGGACUCACACGCAAGAUGAAUACAGAGGAGCCCAUGGGUUAUGCAUUGGAAAGCGAGCUGAUGAAAAACCAACCGGAGAGCUUGAGCGGCAUCGUAUUCAACACACGCAAUGACGAAACUCGCCAGAAUGCUAACCAAGCUCCAUCGAGAACAGCAUCUGGUGGAGUAUCCUACCAGCCGAACCAGACUAUCUUCAGCAAUCUCCAAAGAACAAACACGCAAUUUCUCUCUGACUUGAGACAACAGACCAAUGCAAAAUCCGAAAGAGAGAACCAGGUGCCAAACGAAAACAGCAAAGAUUUCUCGCACUUCUUGAACAACAGCGUUAGUGGCAAUCAAAGCCAACAGAACCAUGACACGAGAACACAGCAACGGCUCUGGCUUCAGCGAGAGAACUCGCUUAUGGAUGUUGCAGCCAACAUAGAUCCCAGCAAACUCUCUAACUUCUCCAACUUGUCCCUCAACAAGCUUAUGUUUGCCCACAACUACAAUGGAAGUACAACCAACAUGCUGCAUAUAAACGGAGGAGAUUACAUCCAGCAUCAGUCAUCCAACACGUCGGACAACACUUCCCCGGGUGAUUCAGUUACUCCUAGUGCGGGAGACAGUUCGCUUAGUGUGACCAACCUCUUGUACCUUAUACAAAGUGGGCACCAGAACUCAAUCCAGUCCAGAAUUGAUUUCGAGCGACUCAACAGAGAAUAUGUCAAUGUCAGGCGACACCUUAACCCGGUAGCCGAAUCGUUAAAUCGAGUGGAGACGUAUCAGAACCCAAGCAAAGGGAUAGAAUUGCGGAAGCAGCGGAAUAAGAAGGCAGCUAUUGCACAAAACAAAAACGCCAACUCAUUUAAGGAGUUUGCACCCAAAUGGGAAGAAAAGCAGGAAGAUAUUUCCGGCACUAUUGGACGACUCUGGCUGGAAGCGUUGCUCACCAGUUCGUCUUCAGGCAUAUCCCUUCAGUUAUUGAAGCAUGAGCAGCAGAACCAACCACAGGCCACAGCACAGCAGAUGUAUCACCAGCUGCUUCAAAACCAGCAACAGCAACAGGAGCAACUCCGAGCAUACCGCCACAACAUAGCAACCACACCGAACCGGACCAUGGCGCCCACUACAAGAGCAGUCAAGGCUGCACAAGCUGCUGCAGCAUCCACGCUGCAACGGUAG